GGCUGUGACGUAAGAGCAGAAAGAUGGCGGCGCUCAUAGGCGGCGUGAAGAUGGGACGGGGUUCGUUACUAAGGGCGACUACGGUGCUGCUCGAGACAGAAAGGUCCGUGCGAGCUCUUAGACGGAAGCCUGUGGCCGUCAUACAUCCCGACGGUAAACGCGAGACUCUUAUCAAGUCAAACCUGACAGCUGACGAAACCAAACAGAAGCAAGAGAGAGGAAGACCACCUAAACGAAACGCCCUCGAGACAGGACGGACCGCCGGGACCUCGACCGACGAUGAACGCACGCUCCCCGUCCGGACCCCCGGCGUGAAGGACCAAAGUGGCCACCUGAAGUUCGAAAAAGCACUUCCCGGAGACACGCGCCUGGCGAAGGUGGCGAGUGUCGCGCGCUCCCGGUCCUUCCGCGAGCAGCAGGGCCGAGUGCUGCUCGAGGGAAGACGUCUGAUCUGCGACGCGCUGCGCGCGGGCGCUGCUCCUCAGAUGCUGUUCUUCAGCAGAGUGGAGAAGCUCCGCGAGCUCCCGCUGCACGAGCUGCGCCACGCCACCCUCAUCAAGGUCAAAUUCGAAGACAUAAAAAUGUGGUCUGACCUGGUCUCUCCUCAGGGCGUCAUAGCCAUAUUCUCGAAGCCAGAUGCUUCCUGCCUCACGUUCCCCAGAGCCCUGCGUCAGCAGUCUGUCCCUUUAUCUUUGAUUUGUGACAACGUGCAGGAUGCAGGGACCCUGGGGACUCUGCUCCGCUGUGCCGCCGCGGCUGGCUGCGACCGCGCCCUCCUCACCAAAGGCUGUGUUGAUGCCUGGGAGCCUAAGGUACUCCGCGCUGCGAUGGGGGCCCACUUCCACCUCCCCAUCCUCGCCGACUUGGACUGGGACGACGUCGUCGGGCACUUACCGGAGCUGCUGACCAUCCACGUGGUGGACAACAGCACCAUGGCAAUACGAUGCAUGGUCACCGGGGUCGUCCAGAAGGUGGGGGAGGCGGCUCUGGUGUGUGGCGGAACAAGCAACGAAGAACACGUAGAAUCGACCUCAGAGGACGAGGAGCUGCCUCUCCGUCUGGAGCCGCAGGCGUACCACGAGAACUGGGCCCAGAGCAGCACGGCUCUGGUGGUCGCAGGAGACACUCACGGGCCGAGCUGGGAAGCGCUCCGACUGGUCGGGGAAACCGGAGGGCGUAAACUCUUCAUCCCAACGGAUCCCGGAGUGGACUGUCUGAACGCCGCUAUGGCUGCGAGUAUUCUGCUGUUUGAAGGGAGGAGACAGCUGUUGUCGGCUCAGAAAGCUCCGCGACGAGGACCGUCGGAGGUCCGCUGAGGAGAGUACCUCUCCCCCGUGGGGCUCGUUUAACACAGUUGGAAGCAGCUUUCUGUAACAGUUAUUCUAGUAAAAUACUUGAUUACAAUUCAAAUAUAUACUUUAUUAAGUCAA